AUGAGACUCUUUUGGCAGAUUUGGGAUACAACAGGACAAGAAAGGUUCAAUAGUUUAGGUGCUGCAUUUUAUAGAGGUGCAGAUUGUUGUGUUUUGGUGUAUGAUGUAAAUGCACACAACACAUUUGACACACUAAACAAUUGGCAUGAUGAGUUCAUUAAGCAGGCAGAUUUGAAUGAUCAUGAAGCAUUUCCCUUUGUGUUACUUGGGAACAAGGUUGAUGUAGAUGGUGGGAACAGUAGAAAGGUGACUGAGAAGAAAGCUAGGGAAUGGUGUGCUUCUAGAGGGAACCUACCAUACUUCUGUUUAAUUGAUACCUGUGUACUAAUCUUUUUGUCACUGGCAUAUAUUCAAGUAGGUGGUUACUGGUUCCCCCUUGUAUAAAUUAGAAAGAAAACUUGGAAAGGGUGGAUUUGGUCAAGUAUAUGUUGGUCGACAUCUUUCUGGUGGAAAUUUGAAUGAGAGAACUGGACCACCAUACGUUAAACUUUUGUUCCCAGGUUGCGUUAAAAUUUGAGCAUAGAAGUAGUAAAGGAUGUAAUUAUGGACCACCAUACGAGUGGCAAGUGUACAAGUGAGUGCUAGUUUUGACCUCUGUAUUUUCUCUUGGCUCGGUUUGUGUACCUUGCUUCUUUUCAAUCUUUUCCCUCUGCUUGUGCAGAAUUCUUGGUGGCAGUCAUGGUGUGCCUCAAGUACAUUACAAGGGCAGGUAAGGUGACUAUUAUGUUAUGGUAUGUUUCUGGGUCUUAUUCUAGAGCUUUUUGAAACGUUUCAAGCUUAUGGAAUUUUAUAUGAUGUUGUCCGUAAAGACAUCGAUUAUUUGGGAUAGCUUCUGUGGAAUUACUGCAUUUUAGAUGAAGGGCAUAUAAUCAAGAAUGCUAAGUCCAAAGUUACACUUGCUGUAAAGCAGUUAA